GUUGUAGCCAUUCUACAGUAAGUACAGCAAGAUCCUUUGUGAAAAAGCGAAAGGAGGAAAAAAAGGUACUUGAAAUCCAUUUGUGGAUGUUCGUCAGACCAGAAUACCUGCACCAAUGACAGACAGGCUUUCCUCGAGAAACAAAUCAUGACAACAAACACUGCUGUUCAGGGGAGCCAGAAUCUCCCCAAAAGACGCCUAGAAAGUAUAGGGGAGUGUCCUGCCAAACGGAAAGCUAGCUGGGGAAUUCUGACCAGCCAAGGUUCUUGGGCAGAUCGCUCACCUCUGCAUGAGGCAGCCAGUCAAGGACGUCUUCUUUCUCUAAAGACUUUAUUGUCCCAGGGGUACAAUGUAGACACACUGACAAUUGACCAAGUAACUCCACUCCAUGAAGCCUGCCUGGGAGAUCAUGUAGGAUGUGCAAGAAUCCUCCUUGAAGCAGGAGCAAAUGUAAAUGCUACAACAAUUGAUGGAGUAACACCUUUAUUUAAUGCCUGUUCGAGGGGCAGUGCGGCAUGUGCUGAACUCCUGUUGCAGUAUGGUGCCAAAGCUCAGUGGGAGUCCUGUCUGCCAUCACCAACUCAUGAAGCAGCCAGCAGAGGUCACAGUGAAUGUCUGGAGGUACUGAUAUCCUGGGGUGUAGAUGUUGAUCAAGAUCUUCCUCAUUUAGGAACACCUCUGUAUUUAGCUUGUGUUUCACAGCAGAUCCAUUGUAUUCGAAAGCUUCUUUAUGCAGGUGCCAAUGUGCAGAAAGGAAAGCAUCUGCAAACUCCACUCCAUGCGGCUGCCCAGCAUUCUAGUACAGAGAUCGUAAACUUACUCCUUGAAUUUGGGGCAGACAUAAAUGCCAAAAAUUCAGAUUUUGAGAGGCCUGUUGAUUUAGCUGCUUCAAGCAGUUUAGUGGAGAGACUGCUGCUCUUUCAUGAAGCCACACCAUCUUCUCUUUGUCAACUCUGUCGACUGUGUAUCCGAAAUUACCUAGGAAGAGCUAGACUGCAUCUUGUUCCACAACUCCAGUUGCCAACAAUGCUGAAGAAUUUCUUACAAUACAGAUAACAUAGUAAUUAAAUGUUAGAAACUUAAAUAGCAAGUACUUUUUUCUUCUCUUUGUUUAUUGUAUGUUUUAUCUAAAGAACUGCUGGGCGGAAAAAUAAGCCUUUUGCAUAUUACUUAAAAAAAAGUAUAUCUUUGUCACCUGAUGUUGGUAAUGUAAUAGUAAUUGGGAGCCAUUCAGCAACUAGUACCAAGGUGCUAAUAAGGCUGAAUUGCAUAAGUGUGCUGAUACUCUGGGAAAUGAUUGUAUAGCUUUACCUUAAUGCUUACUGAAUAGCUUUAGUACUGUUAAAUUUAAUUGUAUUUAUACUUUUAAAACCUGAACCACAGAGUUUCUUCAUUAUUACUUAUUAAGUUUGUCCACUUGGAGUCAGUAUUUUGUGUUUUUAAAUUUCUAUCAUUUGUGUACCUAAAAAUACUUGGUGAUAGGUGCACUAUAUACAUUGAUAAAAAUAAAACAAUUAGAUGUCCAU